UAGACAGCAGUCCGUUAAUCGCGAUUGCAAAGUGUGUAGUCUUCGUCUUGAAAAUUCUCAAGACCGAGAUUUCGCGCCAAAGCGGAACAGUUUCCGGUUAGGAAAAGCGAGUAGUUUUUCAAUUUGUGUUUUAGUUUUUUCGCAGCUGCAAGAUGCCACCGGUGAGAUGGAAACCACUGUCAGCUCUACUCGUCUGUAUAUUCCAUCUCGUAUUUUAUACAAAUGCUCAGAUUAGACAGGAUGCAGUGUCCAUGACAGCAGAUGGGUGGAAGCCCAUUGUUGGAACUCGACGACCGGGAUAUUACGAGUUUAAUUCGGAAAGUAGUGAUAUUUAUAAAUAUGAGGUUUUUUCGACUCCAACGCCGACUAAUACGGCCCUGCCUCCAACUGCAAGUGCCGUGCCAGAGAGGAAGCCGUUCAGGGGGUCACUUAAACAGGCAAACAAGCCCACGUUUGAAGGAAAUAAAUUUUCAGGACGAAAAGUUCCGCACCAGAAGCACCCCCAACUCAACCCCUAUUAUACCCUUCCCAGUUACGACUCCCACGGUCCCCAUAUCCCCCUGAGUGCCGUCAUUCACACCCGCCCCAGCCAAAUCGGUCACAUCAAACCCCUCGUAACUUCCAUCAAACCCUUUAUCCAAAUUUCACCCAGUAACAAACGAAAUAUCAAACCAGUACGGAUUCAGACAUCGACAAACAACUACCGGGAUGACAUUUUCACAGCUUCAGCGACUUCCGGCACCUACACCCAUUUUAAAACACCCACCAGUAAUAUUCGGACACGUGAAACAAUAGACUUGGGGCUUCCAGGAGCCAAUCACUAUUCAAUAAAUCAACCCCACACCCACCUUGAGUUCACUAAUCGCUUUGCGUUGCCGUCCACCAGCGAAAGCGUCUUCCAACAGUACAACAAUCCGUCAAUUCCGGCUUUCAUCUUUGCAAAACAUCCCCAAACUAAUGAUAUUAAUUAUCAAUUUACCAAUCAAGAAGAUUUUACCCGGAAUUUGGUACCGCCGCCUCAGAUUUAUCGAAAUAAAGAAGUAGGGAGUGAAAAAGUGAAAGAUAAAGGAAAAACUCAAGAAAAUGUUGUUUUGCAAGUACCCCCACCUUUCCAUUUUCAAAACGUCAAGGAUCCGGUCCAAGUUCAAGUCACUAGAGAGAAGAUACAGGAGUUUCACAAUAAUGUACCACCUGGAUUUGAUGGGCAAUACGUCGAGUAUGAUUUUUCAGGAGUAAGACAACCUACAGUACCAUCGAAACCUGUGUAUGAGGUGACUGAAGGUAAAUGGGAGCAGCCACCGUCGCAACGGCCAAUCCGAACGAGGAAACCUAGCCAACCUAAGAGACGUCCUGAAAUUAACUCAGACGUUCCAGUUUUCUUACCUACGCCUUACAAACCUGAUGGACAAAGUGGAAUUAUCCCGACCUCGCCCACCCAAAGCGAAGUAUCAACAAUUUUCACAAAAUUAUCCAAGUUACAACGAGAAAAAGCCUUUACAACACCUAGUCCUAAUGAUUACAAUGUGAAAGAAGUUUCAACACAUUAUCCAGUUUUUGGAAAACCUGUUUUUGCAAAUACGCCACCUUCAGAUGAAAUUUCAAACGAUAUAACGACACUACAUGAAGAAGUUGUGACUACAACCAAAGAACCACAACGGAUCAGGCCACACAGGAGGCGUAGACCUGAUCCCAGACGGACGACAACGACAACCACGACAGAACAACCAGAAGUUGUUGAAAGUUACGACUCUCAAAGGACGCAAGAGAACGAAGCCUCACAGUCCAUUGAAACUGAAAGACCGGUCAGAAUAAGACGACCGAGUAGAUACAGAACAACAACACCACCACCAAGUGACACUAGUGAUGUCACUACGAAACCUAGUAGAGGAAGAAACAGGUAUAGGAACAGAAAUAGUGAAAGUACCAGUUCUGAAUCAAUAAGGAAGAGAAUAAGGCCAUUAAGAACAGAAACAACACCUGUCUCAGAAGAAACUUACGAGAGAUCUUCUGAGUCUGAAGCAGUAGCGUCUGAAAAAAGUGAGGAAAUUGAAGAUAAUCCUAAAGCUGAAACGAUUGAAUUAGAAUUGCCUGGGCGUCAUUAUAUUACUGAAAGUCCCCAAAAAAUUAGAUAUGAGACCAUAAGGCCAUUUAUUGUAAUUACAACAACUGAAAAAGCACCCACAACAAAUUUGGUUGUUCCUGAGAAUGAAGUUGAUUCGACCACUUUGGAUAGUGUUGAAGAAACAACAACGACGACAACAUCAGCGCCAACAACAACAAUAAUUCAGAGUUCGAGUAGGAUUAGAGGCCGUCCGCUUAAAUUUGACAAUUCGAAUAGGCCCAGGUUUAGUGUCAAAGACUAUAGACAAAAGCUGAGUCAGUACAGCACAAGUACAACGACUUCUGAGCCACACAGGUCGACUGACAGUCCCAGGAUUAGGCUUCCAAGCAGGUUGCGAAGGCCUACAACUUCGACAAUUGCCAACCAUGGAGAGGAAAGUACUGAACCAGUACGAUCUAGAUUUGUUCCUAAAGACCCUAGACAUUCUGGAACAACUGAGGAUACAAACGUUGCUAUAAUUACAGAGAAAAAUGUGAAAAGUGUCAAUACAAGAUUAAGACCAUUUGGACGUUACAAAUCAACCACUGCUGCUACAACAACAACAACACCAAAAGUGUCAAUCAAACCGAAUCUUUUCAACAGGAAGAGACCCUCAAUGAUAAGUUUAAAGAGUCGGAUUUACAACAAAUACAAAAAUAAUACUGAAACGACAACUGAGAAAGUGACAACAACGGAAGAAAAUGAAGUUGAAGAGACUACUCUUGAGUAUGAUGAUGAAGAGUCUACAACUGAGAGAAGUAAAAUCAUUACCGAGGAAAAUCUAGAAGUCGAUACAACCACAGUUGGUGACAUUUCCAAAAUCGAUGCUAAUUUAUACUCGGCGAGAGUCUCCGAUUUGACUUCGUCCGCCAAAAAUGAUUAUAAUACAUUCAAAUCGGUGGCCCCCACAAGUCGAAGAAUCCCAAAUUAUUUCACAAUAGCCACUGACGAUCCGAUUCUACCAAUCGAAGCGUUUUUCCCAAAUAUUAAAGAUAAAAUCAGGGAAAAGGAUUCGUAAAUUGGGGUUUAAUUUCCGUAACUGAGCAACAAAAUUUCCUGGGGGCAAAGAAAAAGACAGUAAAUGUAAAUUAACUUAUUGUAUAGUUAUAAUUUAUUAUAUUUUUGUAAACAAACAAAAAAGUGCAAUAAAAUAAAAGAA